AUGGGCUCUGUAUCUGCACCCAGAAACGAGCCCGCACCCAACACUCCCUACUUCACGCCCAUCCAGAACCCACCAGCAGGAACCGCUCUCUCCGAGAAUCCACCCACACUCUUCACUCCCCUCAAGAUCCGCGAUGUAACAUUCCAGAAUCGUAUCUGGGUGGCUCCAAUGUGCAUGUACUCCGCAGAUAACGGACACCUCACAGACUUCCACCUAAUCCACCUAUCCGCAUUCGCCUACCGCGGUGCUUCCUUAACAAUCAUCGAAGCCGCCUCCGUGCUCCCCAACGGCCGUAUAUCACCCGAAGAUGCCGGUCUCUGGAGCGACUCCCAAAUCGCGCCAAUCCAGCGCAUCUCUACCUUCCUGCACAGCCAGAAUCAAAAACUCGGAAUCCAGCUCGCACACGCGGGCCGCAAAGCCUCCACCUGCGCGCCCUGGCUCCUCGAACGCGGAAAAGCGAUAACGGCUACCGAAGAAGUCGGGGGAUGGCCGGACGAUGUGAUGGGCGCGAGCGCGAUACGGUGGGGCGAGGGGUAUGCGGUGCCGAGGGAGAUGAGUAGGAGCGAUAUACAGGGGGUGGUGGAGGGGUUUAGGGAGGCUGCGAGGAGGGCCGUGCAGGCGGGCGUGGAUGUUAUUGAGAUUCAUGGCGCGCAUGGAUAUCUCAUUUCCUCUUUCUUGAGUCCGAUAAGUAAUCGACGGACGGAUGAAUAUGGCGGGAGUUUUGAGAAUCGGAUAAGGUUGUUGGUGGAUGUGGUUAAGGCGGUUAGGGAAGUGAUACCUGAGGGAAUGCCGUUGCUGGUUAGGGUUUCCAGUACGGAGUGGAUGGAGAAGCAGGCGCAGGAGAGCUGGGACGUUGAAAGUACGAUACGGCUGGCGAAGUUGCUUCCUGGAUUGGGAGUGGAUUUGUUGGAUGUAAGCUCAGGAGGGAAUAAUGAGAAGCAGGCGGUCACUCCAUUCAACAAUUAUCAGGUUGGAAUUGCGGGACGUAUUCGCGAGGAGCUUUACAAGGCAGGGAUUAAGGAUUUAUUAAUUGGUGCCGUGGGGAUGAUCACCGAAGCUGAAGCAGCGAAGGAAAUCGUGGAGAAAGGGAAAGGGGAUGGGCUGGUCGAAAUCGAGGAUGAGAAUGGAGGGAUCGCGAAGGCGGAUGUGGUGUUGGUUGCGAGGCAAUUUCUAAGGGAGCCGGAAUGGGUGUUGAGGGUUGCGUAUAGACUUGGUAUCAAGGUGCAAUGGCCUUCGCAAUAUGAUCGGGGGCGGUUCGUGAAGGGCAGUAAGAUAUAG